UUUUCGACCCGCAUGGCCAUGGACUUUCUCUUUAUUUAAAAAAUGUCGCUGUUAACAAAAGUUUUGUUUUACCCUACUUUAGGUUACAAUGUUUUAAUGACCUAUGUCUCAAGCAGACGGUGGUAUGAUCGAAUCGAUGAAACCGUCCUUCUUGGUGCACUUCCUUUACGAAGUUGGAAUAAAAUAUUAGUUGAAGAAGAGAAUGUUCGUGGAAUCGUUUCCUUGACAGAAGAUUUUGAAACGGAGGGAAUUACAAAUUCAACGGAGGAAUGGACAUCUUUGGGCGUGGAACAGCUGAAGUUACCAACCCCUGACUUUAUUGCAUCUCCCUCUCCAGAAUUCAUAGACAAAGGAGUGGCUUUUAUAUUGAAUCACAGACGACAACAAAACAGCGUGUAUGUUCAUUGUAAAGCGGGACGCACGCGCAGUGCAACAAUCGUGGCCUGUUACUUAAUGAAGGUGAACAACUGGGAUCCCAAAGAAGCAGUUGCAUUCAUUGAGUCGAAAAGACCGCAUAUAUGGCUACGAGAAAAACAACUAGACUCAAUAAAUCUAUAUUACGACACACUGAAGCACAGAAAAUCACAUAGAGGAUAACGGAACAUAAUUGAAUUUGGCAAAACAUAUUAAAAUUAUAUAUUAUUUUCCGUGUAUAUUCAUGAAGUCUGUUGAUGGUGUUUCACUCUGGAUUGUUUAGCUUAUAUUAGUGCAUGCUAACCCAAAAGACUGAAAUUAGAAACGGACUCAAUAAGAUUUUGAUGUUUUACAGUGAAGUUGUCACUCUUCUGGAAGACCAAAGAAAUAAUAAAAUCUGAAAUCUAGAUAUAUUGAUCAAAAUAUGAUUGUUUUUUAGCCAAGCCUAUCAGUGUUUAAAUAUCGAACAACAACAGCUUUGUAUGUAGGAUUUGUCGAUAACUAAGUAAUUUUGCUUUUUCUCAAAGCGAUGGGUCAUACUACAAGUAAAAUUGUCAUUGUAUUACAAACGUAAAAUGUUAGUUUACCUUUGCAUAAAAUGACUUUCAUUUAAACAAUGAUUAUUAUUGACAUUGAACUUGAAUAUUGAUGCAUGUUUUUGUUUGCAGCUUGAUACAAUAAAAUGUUUAUCAAAUAUUAACUAACAAAAUUUCUAUUUUAUACCUUUCAAAAGAACAGAACAGGUAAAUUCAACAUUCACUAUGUUAGUCGGGGAGGAAUAGUCCGUUUAAUGUUCCUUUAUAAGAUUUUCAUUUGAAGAUUUAUUUUUCCAUGAGUCGAAGUCAUCAAGAAAGCCGUCUUUUGUAAAUGAUAAAGAAGUUUGUUAUAUAAGGAAUAAAAAUGGAACCAUUUUAGUCUUUGUUAACCAGGCCCCAGGCUCAAGAAGCAAAUUUAAUUAGACUUAAGUCAAAAAUUGUACAGUUUUGUAAUGCCUCAUAAUUAUAAACGGUGACAAAAUUGAAGUGUCAUGAUAUAAAGUUGUUAAUUACAAAUUUCCAUCGCCAUUAUAUAAUAAACACUGAGAUUCUGACAGACUUUAAUUUUGACUUAAUCUAAAAUUACUUCAUGAUACUGGGGUCUGAUCUUUUUUAGUAGAUAUUUUGUACGCAGUGAUGUGGUUAAAGUCAAACUUUUGUUUAACAUUUAAGUAAUAUGAUUACUCAGUUUCUCUGCAUUCACUUCUCGUCGAGGUUGAGUAAUAAAUCGGGCUUCUUUGAGGAAAAGGCCGUAACAUAUGAUGCACAUGAACUAUACUCUUGACUGAGGACGAAAAUACACCGGACAAAACGCAAAAUGGACCCUCAUUUAGAGCGUUAACGAUUAUCAAUCUAUGGAAAAAUGUAAUGGAUAUGUGUGUACUUACUACUUGAUUUUGCAAUUUGUUACCUACUCUAUCCUUUCAAAUCUUUUAAACUUUUAAUGAUUCGGUCGGGUUUUUUGUUUUUGUUUUGUGAUUAAAAAUUGUUAAAAUAAAUAUCUGAUGAUAUAUAA